GUGGUUGGUGAGGCAGUGGUGGUUGGUUGGUGAGGCAGUGGUGGUUGGUUGGUGAGGCAGUGGUGGUUGGUGUGGUAGUGGUUAGUGAGCCAGUGGUUAGUGAGGCAGUGUUGGUUAGGCAAUGUUAGUUGGGUGGAGAACAGGUGCAUUAGGCGAAAGAAAACAUGGCCAACCUUGCCUGUCCCUCCUCUGGGAGUCAAGAGGUGGUCUCUAGUGGUUUUGGUGGGGACAAGAAGCCAGCCACUUGUCAAAGACCUCCCCCCCAUUUGUCCUGGUUCCAAAUUGAAAAAAAUAAGUAAUUGCCUUAGGAUGCAUAGGAUUUUUUUUGCUCAGAAGAGAGUACUAAAGGUGAACGUGCCGAUUUCCAGUAAGACAUUGCUAGAUGCUUCAAGUCUACAGCACUCCUCUGACCAGCUGCCAGUUAUCUUCAGCCGCACACCAUUAGUAAAAAGCUUUGUCUCUCUCUCACAAGCUUCAUCAUAUGCAAGGGGAGAAGGAUGCCUCGGGAUAAGAUCGAGCAACUGCAAUGUAUUGAACAAGUUUACUUCCCCAAAUAUCACAAAUGUUCUCAAGCUCAACACAUCAGAAGCUGACAGCAGUGCUGAAAAUGAAAGCUCACAAAAGAAAGACUUCAAUUUUGAUGCACUUGGAGCCUGGGACAACCGCAUUGAUCUUCCCAUUAUGAUGGAUGCUAGUAUCAAACACGGUAGCCCAAUACCAAUGAUUGUUGCCUCUGAUGUUGGCCGUUCAACUAUUCUUGGUAAACGCACAUAUCAGGAAGACAGAUACGUUACAGAAGACCUUCCUAACAACAUUUUGUGCAGUGCUGUCUUUGAUGGUCAUGGAGGAAGCGAGUGCUCAGAAUAUUGUGCACAAAAUCUUAAGGAAGUGUUACUGGAGCACUUGGCUGUGCACAAGGACCUGGAGGCUGUUCUGCAUCAUACCUUCUUGAAGCUCCACUCUGGAUAUACACAAUGGACGCAACAAUACAAAACAGGCUUGAAAGCUGGAACUACAGCAACAGUGUGUUUGCUACGAGGAGGAGUAGAGCUUGCUGUUGGUCACGUUGGAGACUCUCGGGCAAUAUUAUAUCGGUCGGGUUCACCAAGGGAACUCACACGUGAUCACUGUCCAUCACUUAUCUCAGAGAAGGAUCGCAUUAUCAAGUCGGGAGGAAAAGUGAGCGUAGACAACAUUGGCCGCCAUAUGGUAAAUGACAGUCUAAGCAUGACUCGUAGCAUUGGUGAUCUUCAUCUCAAGCCAUAUGGAGUAAUUGCCUUACCUGAUGCAAAAACUUUACGGGUGAAGCAUGGAAAGGACGCCUUCCUACUCUUAAUUACAGAUGGUAUAAAUUUUGUGCUUCGCUCCGAAGAAGCUUGUCAGGUCAUUAACCAAGCGGAAGAUCCAUAUCGUGCUGCACAGUUAUUGACGGAACAGGCACUCAGCAUGUCAUCUGAAGACAACAUGACUGCUUUGGUCGUGCCUUUUGGGUCAUGGGGAAAAUAUACUAAAUCAGCGUCUAUGUUUUAUUCCUUUGGUAUUGGACGGGAUAUGAACAAGAGUAGUAGGUUUGGGUAAGCAUGUUGGCGGCCUUUGUUUAUGAUAAAGUUUCCAAGUGAUAAUAUUUAGCAAUAAGGACUUCUAAGGCAUCUGUUAAACUUUUUUCUUUGAGAAUAUAUUUGAUGUACUAUA